CAAAGGGAGGGAAAACUCGAAACCUGAGCAACAAUGGCGGGAAAGGGAGACCUUUGGAGCUAACCCUUGUUUCCAAUCUCUGCGACGCUUCUCUCCAUCAACCCUCGUUCCAGAUCCUGGUCUUCCAUCUUUGCUUCAUGGCGGGAGGUCAAGCCCUAGAUCUCCUUCCUCAGAUCGAAGCCCUAGUCUCCGAUAAGCUCCAAGUGGUUUCAUACAAAUGGCUCAGUCGCAACUUUUCAUUGACUUCAAAUUAUGCGAAAAGAUUGCUUCAGGAAUUUGUGGAUACACAUGGUAGUGAGUUGGAAGUGAUAUAUGCCUUAUCUGGGUGGUUAAAAGACAAUCCUCAAACUUAUCACAUAAAACUUGCUUCAGGCCUUAAGCUUGCAGAAGUGAAACAUGAAUUUGUAGAUAAUUGUUCAGUUCAAGUUUAUAGUGUCCAAGCUUGUAUUCCCCAAGAUUCUGCUUUGCUCUGGAAUGCUGAAUUUGUUCAAGCAGAAGAGUUUUUUAAUCAGCCCUUAACUGCUGAGAAUUGCUUGCGAGAUAAUAGAUAUUGUGGUGUUUCUAACUCCUUCGUCAAGCGAACUAUUGAUGGUAAAUCUGUUGGAGCCAUUCCUCAUCCCAUGAAUUUAAUGGGAGCUGCUAUGCAAUCUAAACCGAAUACUGUUUCCAAGACGUCGCUUGUCCAGCCCCUUAAACAAGAACAUGCAGGGAAGUCAGCUAAAAUUGAUGUAAAGCCUUCAACUUUGGAAACAUCUAAUGAUAAAAGUAAUAAUCCCGCCCCUGAAAAUUUUGACCGAACCAGUAAACCUGAUCUUGGUAAAGAAGCUACUUGUGCUGUUCAAGCUACCAGAAAGAAAGGCCAGUGUGAGAAAACUUCCUCAGCAAGUAGUGGGUCACUAGCUAAUUUGUGGGGCCGUGCAUCAACAAAAUUAAAACCUUCUGCGCCUUCCAUUGAAACUGACAAAGUUGUUUCUAAAGUUGCCCCCACUGCUGAAGCUCAAAUAUGUGCACAAGAAGCAGCAGAUGCUUCCAGCAGUGAUGAUGAUGACCAUCAGGUUAACUGUAAGAGGGAGUCAAAGGGUGGAAGCAACAGGAAAAGAAAGGUCAUUAUGGAUUUUUCUGACGAUGAAGAAGAAGAAAAUGUGGUUAAUCUUGCCUCACCAGACCCUCCAAGUAGGCUGUUUGUAGAUUCCAAACACCAUACUGAACACUUGAUUUCAGAAAAUAAGAAUUUAAACUUUGAAGAGAUUAAAAAGGAUACUUCAGUAGCAUGUCAAGACAAUGGUAGCGAGAGAAAUUCUUCCAGUACCCGAGAAGUAUCAGGUAAUAAGGGGUCCAACAUAUUCUUGCAACCAAAAACUGAAAAUCAUGUGUCAGAAGAACUAGAUAAAAUUCAAAAGGAUAUGGUCAGUCCUGCUGCAACUUCGCCUCAAAGAAGGAAGGUGCUUAAGACACGGGUUGAUGAGCGAGGAAGAGAAGUAACUGAGGUUGUUUGGGAAGGAAGUGGUGCCGACAAUAAAAAUUCUGAAAAGAAUAAUACUGCUGGUAAUCAUGGAAACAGGCCUCCUACGGCUAAUAAGGCACCUGCGGCUUCAAGCAAUUCCUUGUCAAAUGCUGCUACGAACAAAGCUGGAAACAAGAAAACAGCAAAGGGUGGUGGGAAAGACACUAAGCAAGGAAACAUUUUGUCCUUCUUCAAGAAAGUUUAGCUAAAUCUCAAAAGGAGCUUCUCUUGAGCAUACUGUAAGUUUCCGCCAAAGUUGCCAGCAAUGCUCAAUGUGCUGUUAUUUUUGCUUUGGUUUGUUAAUGUUCUAUAGCUGUGAAGAAAGCAUGACAUGAGACCUUUAUCUGUUUCAGAAUCACUCAACAUUACUAAGUAGCUAAUAAAUGAAGAUAUAACUUGUGCUCA